UUGUAUUUAUAGACAUCGGUGAUACCCUGACACUCACUCAGUGAGCAGAAAAGAUGUGAAACACCCUGGAGGAGUUCCAGAUGGUCUGCCAAGAAGGUCUGUAGCAUGUUGACCAUCAUGCAACGAUCACAUGGAUGAUCCACCACAGGGACGCUUCACAGCGAUGCCCAUCCUUGGCUCCAUGCCCGAUGCCAGCACACCUUGCGGGAACCACAGAAAUGUUCCUCCGGACCCAGAGAGUACCCCGAACACGCCACUCACACCAUUUGAGUGCAGCGGGGCAGAUUGGCUGCAGAGAGCACCCAGGUGGGGCAGAGAUGUUAAGACCUACCUCAGUUAUACAGUGCCAGGAAAGGACCAGGACACCAGGAGCAGGGGGGAGGUGAAGAGGCAGAACAAAGAACGGAUUUCUGAGCUACAGGUGCAGAUAGACAAGCCAAAGACGCUGCUGCAGGAUAAGAGGCAAGAGCUGCAAAGAAAGCUGGCAGUGCUGGAGGUGUGGAUCUUGCGGACGGAGGUGAAGAAUCAGAAACUAGAGAGGCAGAGAACAGCUCCAGCAGCCUUCAGCACCCAUGGCCAUUCACCUCCUCGUAUGUCACCACACCUGUUUAGAUCAAGCCCACAGACGCCACCCCACCCAUCCACCCAGCAUUGACCUUGGCUGUUAGGCCUGCAGCAUGUGGGCAUGUAUGCAGGUAUGCACGCAUGCGUGCAUACAUGUGCCUGCUAGUACAGAAUCUCAUUCCAGACCUCAUCCUCAUUUUAAUUUUGAUUGAUGACUCCGUUUAUCUUUGGAAUAACAAUCCUCUGAUACCCCCCACCACCUCGUCGACAGCCUCUGUUUCUCCACAUUGUAGCCCCUGAUUCCUCUCCCCCAGUAUGAAAAUUAUAUUAGAAACAAAAUGAGAUUUGAAAUUUUUUGUUUGACAAGCAGCUUGAUGAAAGGGUUUCAUAGCUGGGCUUGAUCCGUGGAAAU